AGGCGACAUCAAGAGGUUAAUCAAUAAAUUCACUGUGAAUGCUUGACAUUGUCAAAAGCCGUUGACGAACGAUUCAACUCUUUGAAAAUCGCACAAUGUCUGAUCUUGAAGUGGGACAACAAUCACCUCCAAUGCCAGCGCAGACACCACGUCAACGUCGACGCCAACAACAGCAGGCACGUCUUGAGCAGGCAUCGAUGGCUGGAGGCGAUGGCCAGGAAAAAACGAUAUUGAUGCGUUGCCCCUUGGUGAAUGGAAUCGAAGACAAUUGGACAUGGAGCAAACGCUUUCGGUCUAAAGAGGUUGUGCUCAGCGGUUCCAAUUUACGUACUGUGCACUUCCAUCCCAAUUGGAGCAAAGGCACCGCCGGCAUUCAGGGCAAACGACCGUUAAACAAUGGUCGCUACUACUGGGAGCUGCAUGUGUCGCAACGUGUCUUUGGCACCUCUAUCAUGUUUGGCAUCGGCACCAGAAAUUGUCGCCUACACGCCAAUGCCUUUCGCAAUAUGCUUGGGGAAAACGAGCACGGCUGGGGAUUGUCGCACAAAGGCGUACUUUGGCAUAAGGGCGUUGCGCUGUUGUAUACGAAACGCUUUCGUGAGAAUCAUCCCACACAAAUUGGCGUGCUCUUUGAUGGCAUCGAGGGCACCUUGACCUACUACAAGGAUGGCAAGUGCCUGGGCGUGGCCUUCAGAGGCUUGGACAAGGUAGAAGAGCCGCUUUAUCCCAUCGUGUGCUCCACAGCGGCCAAGACGGAGAUGACUCUGAAGUGUGCACGUCGUGAGUUUGUUAAUCUUCAGGAUCGUUGUCGCGCCGUGAUAAUGCGACGACUGCGAACUGCUGCUGAUCUGGAGAAACUCAAGUUGCCGUUGCCAAUUACUGAAUAUUUAGGCGAAGUGAUUGAUGAUAAGGAGCCACUACGUCAGGUAAAUGGUUACGAGAUGUGCAUGAUGGAUCUGAAUUAAGCAGUUUGUAAGUUUGAUGUCCCGUGAAACUGAGUUUUGUGCCAUAGUUUUGAAGAGGGCAGCAAUUGAAGUAGACGGAAAACGAUUAUAGCAAUGAUUUUCAAUUGUAAAUUUCAAGUAUGCUACUGCUGUGUUUGAAAUUGUAUUUGUUCUUGCAAAUGCAUGAUUAUAAUUAUACCAAUUGA